CUCCCACUUCCGCAGGCACUUCCGCCUGGCGCUUCCUGCUUUCACUCCGGUCCGCAAGUUCCCUAUAAGACAGAACUGCUUUCCCGGGAAGCCAUCAGUUUGCUUUUCGGCAGCUGUACUGUUAUCUACCAUUAUGUCUGGCCGCGGCAAAGGCGGGAAGGGCCUGGGCAAGGGCGGCGCCAAGCGCCACCGCAAGGUCCUGCGCGACAACAUCCAGGGCAUCACCAAGCCCGCCAUCCGCCGCCUGGCCCGGCGUGGCGGCGUCAAGCGCAUCUCCGGCCUCAUCUACGAGGAGACCCGCGGGGUGCUGAAGGUGUUCCUGGAGAACGUGAUCCGCGACGCCGUCACCUACACGGAGCACGCCAAGCGCAAGACCGUCACCGCCAUGGACGUGGUCUACGCGCUCAAGCGCCAGGGCCGCACGCUCUACGGCUUCGGUGGUUAAGCCAUGGCUGCAUUUUCCUCCAGUGUCGUAAAAGGCCCUUUUCAGGGCCACCACACCUUCUACAAAGGAGCUGAACCGGUUUCCAGUGUUACGAGGCUCUUUCCUUGGCCGGUACCUACCUCUUCGAAGUUCUGUAACUUUUGGAACUGCAGCUCUACAGGAACUGGCGGUGAUUGUUUGAGGAACCCCGCGGCCUCCCCACAACCACUGGGCUGCGUUUGGAAGUCCGAGGAGUUUCAUAAUCGGCAUUUAAGUGCGCACUCAGCUACAGGCCUCGAUUUGAAAACAGGUUAUUUCCCCUGAGGCAGACUUCGAAAGUAGCGAUCAGAAUGACAAUGCGUUAAGGCAGACAUGACAACCCGGUGUCUCCCCUUAACAAGUAGUGCAUAACUGGAAUUUGAGUUCCCCAAGUUGCUGCAAGGUAAAAGAAUUAAAGGUGAUACCUGUGAAAUGUGUAAUGAUUUGUGUUGAAUUAAACAGCCCGUGGCAUGUGCACAAUUUGAAGUGGUAA